AUGUCGUCCGGUCGUAAGUGCAACAACUGCGGCAGUGCCGACAUCGAAGUGGACAAUGCACGAGGCGACGCCGUGUGCACGAACUGCGGAUCAGUGCUGGAAGAUAAUAUUAUCGUGUCUGAGGUACAGUUCGAGGAAAAUGCUCACGGUGCAUCCAGUGCCGUCGGUCAGUUUGUUGCGUCCGAUUCGCGAGGCGGCGCGACGGCGUACGGAAAGUUUCACGUCGGUACCGGGACCGAGUCGCGCGAGGUUACUCUACGGAAGGCACGCCAAGGAAUUGCGCUUCUGUGCAGCCAGCUCCGGCUCAACAAUCACUGCAUCGAGACGGCGUGCAAUUUCUUCAAGAUGGCCCUCAUACGCAACCUGACCCGUGGUCGGCGCAACACGCAUAUCUAUGCUGCUUGCGUUUAUAUCACGUGCCGAACGGAAGGAACCUCCCACCUACUGAUCGAUAUUAGCGAUGUGCUACAAAUUUGCUGCUAUGAGCUUGGACGGACCUACUUGAAGCUUUCGCAGUCGCUGUGUAUUAACAUUCCGUCGAUCGAUCCGUGCAUCUACAUUAUGCGGUACGCCAACAAGCUGGAGUUUAAGGAGAAAACACACGAGGUCUCGAUGACGGCCCAGCGGCUGGUGCAGCGCAUGAAGAAGGACUCGAUCCACUCGGGGCGCCGUCCGUCCGGGUUGUGCGGGGCGGCGCUACUGCUCGCGGCCCGCAUGCACGACUUUAGUCGCACACCGAACGACAUCGUGCGGAUAGUGAAGAUCCACGAAUCGACGCUCCGGAAGCGGCUGUUCGAGUUUGGCGAAACACCCAGCAGCGCCCUAACACUGGACGAGUUUAUGGCGGUCGACCUGGAAGCGGAACAGGAUCCGCCCGCGUUCAAGGCGGCCCGCAAGAAGGACAAGGAGCGCCUGCAGAAGCUGGAGGAACAAACAACGGAGUUCAAUCAGCUGCAGGCCGAAAUCGAUGCGGCCCUCGAUCGGGAGAUGAAUGGUCGGGGCAGCAAGCGCCGGAAACACAGGAUGGAGUUUAACGAGCUACAGGAGGGUGAUCAGUUCAUCGAGGAGUCGACGAUGUCCGUUAUUAGCGAGUGCUUGAAUGAUGCGGCCGCCGGUGGUGAAACGACUGCGGCGGCAAAAAUGGACGUUCAAAUAGAGCUGAAGCCCCAAAUACCGGAAGGAAUCAAGCCCGAUUUGAAAGCGAUGUGUAAGAACACGAUGGAAGAGGUGGGACCCAGCUCGGAGCAGGGCGAGCACGGCAGCGGGGAGCUGCUAACGGACGACUUUAACGACGAUGAAAUCGACGGCUACAUUAUGACCGAGGAGGAGGCCAAGAACAAGAACGUGCUGUGGGAGCAGCUGCACGAGGAGUACCUUAAAGAGCUGAAGAUCAAGGAAGAGCGCCUCGCCAAGGAGCGCGAGGAGGGCAAGCCGGAGAAGAAGAAGCGACGGACGGCGAAGAAAAAAUUGAUCGGCCCAUCGUCGACGGCCCGCGAAGCGAUCGAAAAGAUCCUGCAGGAGAAGAAGAUAUCGAACAAGAUUAACUACGACAUCCUGAAGACCCUGACGGACAGUGCGACGGAACCGGCGGUCGCUUCCACGUCAGAUGCCGUCAUCGCCACCGUCAAAUCGGAGGCGAACGAUAUCGACAUUUUAUCUCGGGUGCGCCCGAAACCGGAGAAGGUGUUGGCGGGCAGCAGUUCGGGCGAAGCUGCCGGCGGUAGUGUGAAAUCUACGAAACCGAACUUUGGCUACGGCUCUAACCGAAAGAAACAGCAAGCGCAAGCCACGCUGCCGGUGGUCGUCAGCGGUGGGGCGGACGAUGAAGCGUCAAAAGUCAAGGUCGAAGAAGCUGCACCUAAAACUGCUCAAGACACGACGAUCGACGAUUUUGAUGAGGAGGCGGACGGGGAACCGGAACCGGAGCCGGAGCCUGAGUCGGAACACAAGUCACUUGCCGAUAUGCUCAACACCGGCGACGAUGACGAUUAUUAUGGCUACGAUGAAGACUACUAGAAGCUAGUGCGACCGGGUAGAAUUGAUCUUUUAGCUUAAGAUUCUGACGCUCACUUGAUCAAAUUAGUCUUAUUUUCGUACUUUAGAAUUUAAAGGCAAGUCUGACACAAACAGGUGACUGGUGUGUGGGUAGGACGUUACUCCUGUGACCAGC